AUGGCUCGUUACGCUUUCGCUCUCGCCGCGCUCAUCGCAAUUGCUCAAGCUAUCAACAUCACCUCUCCAUCUACCAACGGAGAAUGGGAUCUCAGCAAAGGUGCUCAAACCAUCACCUGGACUUCAGUCUCCACCGAUCCUACCACCGUCGAUAUCUACCUCGUCCACAUGGCAUCCAACCCACCUCUUAGUGAUAAACUUUUCACCAACGUCGAUAUCACCAAGGGAUCCGAGAGCGUGUCCAACCUCCAAUUGCCAACCGGUGGCAACUACCAAAUCAACUUUGUCAGCCCAGAUAAGCCAGAGCAGAUCUUGGCUCAAUCUCAACAAUUCACCGUCAAUGGAGUAGCUUCCAGCGCAAGCAGCACUCUUGCAGGUUACACUGGUGCGUCAUCUACUUCCUUUUCCGCUUCUUCUACCUCCUCCUCCACCUCCUCCUCUGCAUCUUCCAGCAGUUCGAGCGCCUCUUCUUCUUCCUCUUCCACCGGAACUAGCUCGCUGACCUCGACCUCAGGUUCUGCUUCUGCUUCCACCUCUACCUUCACCUCCACCGGCGUCUCAACUACCGUUACUGGUACAUCCACCUCUACCGAGUCCGCAUCCAGCACUGGAACUGGCUUGGUUACCUCAGCCUCAGCUGUCAAGGCUUCCAGCAGCGCAUCUUCCUCUGGAACCUCCACUGCUUCUGGCAAUGGUGCUGCCGCUACUGGUAUCCCCAUGAUUGGUCUUUUGGCCGGUGCCGCUGCUCUUUUCUUGUAA